AUGGCCUCUCAAGAAGUGCAGCAGGUGAGCGACGACAAAGUCACGCCAUACAGACCAGCCGAUGAGGAAGUUGUCUCCAUGAAAGGCGAGACUCUUGAGUCUCACGAAGUCUUCCAGCAGACAGACGAUGGCGUGCAGUUCAGAACUGUCAGCUGGCAGCGAGCCACCAUCAUCUUUCUCAAGAUCCAGUUCGCCAUGAGCAUUCUGAGCGUGCCUGGUGCUUUUGCAACGCUUGGUGCUGUUGGAGGCGGUCUGUCGCUUGUUGGCUGGCAUACUCUGAAUACCUACACCGCAGUUAUCCUAGGCGAAUUUCGAAACCGUCACCCCGAGUGCCAUACACUCGCUGAUAUGUGCGGUCGUCUCUGGGGCCGCAUUGGCAAAGAACUUGUUGGUCUUCAAAUUCUGGUGGCCCAAGUCCUCAUCUCCGCUGCCGGCAUCGUUUCAAUCUCGACAGCUUUCAACGCCAUCUCCAAUCACGGCGCCUGCACCGUCAUCUUCACUUUGAUCGGUGCGAUCUCAAUUACCUUGUUCUCCUCGGUACGAACCUUCAGCCGCCUCGGUUGGGUUACAUGGAUCGGAUUCUUUACAUUCUUCGUUGCUGUCUUCAUUUUCGUCGUUGCUGUGACCCAGCAAGAUCGCCCUGCCAUGGCUCCUAAGACUGGUGACUACGAGCUAGGUUGGACUGCCAUCGCUCACCCUACGUUUGUAGCAGGCAUCACCGCCUCUGCCAACAUCUUCAUCAGCAACAGUGGUUCAUCUAUGUAUUUGCCUGUGCUGUCAGAAAUGAAGCGUCCUGAGCACUUCAGAAAGGCCGUGCUUGUCACAGGUGUCCUUGUGACGGCUAUGUACCUGUCUUUCUCCCUCGUCAUCUACAGAUGGUGCGGCGUUUGGCUGGCAACCCCCGCCUUUGGAAGUGCAGGCCCUCUGUUCAAGAAGAUCUCGUACGGAAUUGCGCUUCCAGGUCUUAUCAUCGGUGUUGGCAUUUACCAACACGUGGCUGCCAAGUACAUUUUCGUCCGAAUCCUCCGCGACUCACACCAUCUUCAGGAGAACACAAUAGUCCAUUGGAGUACCUGGAUUGGUAGCAAUCUCACUCUAGGAAUCCUUGCUUUUAUCGUUGCCGAGGCUGUCCCCAUUCUCAACUACCUCCUAGGUCUUGCCGGAGCCGUCUGUUUCGCCCCCUUCAGCUUGAUCUUCCCAGCUCUCCUUUGGAUGCAGGAUUUCAAGCAUUACAGAACAGGCAAUUCAUCUAACCAGGCGAAGUAUUGGUCCCAUGCCCUCAUCGUACUCGUUGGAUCUUUCAUGGUAAUUGCCGGAACUUACAGUGUGGCUGUAUCCAUCCAAGAUGCCUACCGAUCUGGCCUGAUUGCAAAGGUCUUCAACUGUGCUGAUAACUCUGGAACCAUCUCUUGA